CAUGCGUGCUCUGAUAAGGAAACACAUUUCCUCAAAGGACUUCAAUGGGAACAGGUCAUGCAAUGCAGCUUUUGGAUCGAAUGGUUAUAACAAUGGUGCCAAGUGACCUACUGACCAAUCAUCAGAUUGAGAAUAUCUUCUAUGUCUACAUAUCGUUACUCACUAUCAGUGCAAUCGGAAGUUUGUCUGUCCUGGUGGUUUCCAUAGUCAGAUGGAGGCAUCUAAGACAACAGGUCCACCUGCUGGUACAGCUCGCUCUCGCGGACCUCCUGGCUUCUCUGGUCCUGAUCUUCAGCAGUGCCAUCAGUAAACGAUUUGCCAUCUGCCAAUGGAUCUGCCAAUACACUCUGCCCCUGUCACUGACAUUUUAUUUUAUUUCAUUUCUGCUGGUGGUCGUCUACGCCUGGAAGUCGAAGAAUGCAAUCCAAGGAUGGAGAGAAAGACCAGCAGAUGACGAGGGGGGGCAGUGUGGGAGGAGAAUCAGCCCUAUGUCUAUAUAUCUCAUUGUUUGGUUUUUCCCAUUUGCAAUAUUCUUUUCAUAUGCGGUCAUGAAUUUAAUACACACGUCUUCGGUACCAGAGAUAUUCAUAAGUGGUGGCAAUACAACUUACUGCACCAACUGUUUUCUGUUCUUGGAUGUCCCGAAGUUGCCCCCAUCCGCGAAGGAGAAACUCUACUGCAUUUUAAUCAGAGCUUUUCUUGUCAUUGUGGUGAUAUCAGUGAUGCUGUCUUGCUCGGUCAUUUACUAUAAGGUUGGUAAAUGGUAUAAACAACGCGUGCACGGGGGAUAUGUUCCAGUGGAGGGAGAUAGCCUUUCAAGAAAAAGAUUCAAAAGUGCCUUUUCUACAGCGAGGGAUAUGGUGAUGGUCAUCUUGAUAUGCUGGACGCCAGCACUUGUACUCAUUGUGCUAACUACGCUGGUGAUGAGUAACCAAAUCGAACAAAGGCACUUAUAUUUUCUUUAUUUGAUACAGGCUGCCUGCUUGUCCCUGCAAGGCUUCCUUAACAGCGUGGUUUACGCCUGGAGACGGCCCAACUUCAGGGAGCCUGUUUUUGGGGAGAACACACCCUUGCUGCAGAGAAAUCGCGCGCCGUUCUUUGAGGAAUCACUGAGGACCUCGUUUUGAUCGCCAAUGCAGAAUGCAUUGAAGGACAUUGUUGAGUGACUGCCUGCUUGCACACGUCUUGACUCUACGACACUUUAGACUGAAACAGAAAUCGUGUGUGGACUAAACAAAUGAUGACGCAAACUGAAAGACUAUUUAAAUACCCAUCGUAUGAAGUACUACGUUUUAGCUGCUAAUUGAAUGGUUUGAGAGAGUCCUAUUAUCACACCCUUUUCCAUAAAUCAUGACCAGAAAGACUUCUUGAUAAAUGUAUUUUAUUUAUAUAUUUGCCAUGAAUGUACUUUUAUUGUUAUUACUUACUGUAAAUAUUAUUGAAAAUUA